GAGUUAUACUUGUUGGACCUCAUAUAGUAGUAUGCAACUUUGAACUUUACAUAUUUAUUUUCCCAUUCACUAAACAUUUCAGCGCUAUUCUUUCAUGUAAAACUACUAUAUUCCAGCCUUUUCCCAAGAAACAUGUUUAGAGCACAUGUGUAGAAAGAGAAAGGCAGGUUAUUUAAUUUUGCUUAUUCUUCACCAUCAUAGCCCUAUCCAUCAUCCCUACUAACAUAAUACUACUACAUCUUGUUUUUGGUUUGUCCUCCAAAAACACCACACCCCCAUUAUCACCAAUUUGAAUCAAGAAUUUGUUUUUGAAAAAGAGAGAAAGAGAAAAACAGCACAUAGGAAAAAUUAGAAGUCAGCUCACAUCACUUUAGAAGGUACAAUCAUUGUUGUUAGGCCUCUAAUUUGUUUGUCCUUUUGGUCUCCAAACAAGUGACACACGCACAAAAAAGGAAACCACAAGGUGUAGAGUAAGUGAGAGAGUGUGUUCAAUCAUGGAAGUUCCAAGUGAAGAAGGGGAAGAGAUGCCUCUCCCACUCAACAGCACAUAUGGUGGCCAUGGCCAGAUGAUCCACCACCAUCACCACCUCCCACCCCACAACCACAUUAUCAUCCCUUCCUCCGCAGGUGGCGCCGCUCCCCCCCUCUCCGACGACCACCUCCCCUUCAAGAAGCCCAUCAGAUACCGCGAGUGUCUGAAGAACCACGCGGCGUCCAUGGGCGGCAACGCCACGGACGGAUGCGGCGAGUUCAUGCCGAGCGGUGACGACGGCUCGCUGGAGGCCCUCACCUGCUCCGCCUGCGGCUGCCACCGCAACUUCCACCGCAAGGAAUCCGACGGCGACUCCUGCGACUCGUGCUACCCGAGAAUCGGGCGGAAGCUCUUCUUGGCGGACCACCACAAGGGCUACAUCGGGUACCACCACCACCACGCCGCCGCAGCCAGGCCGCACCAGAUGAUCAUGUCGUACAACAUGGUGUCGGAGUCGGACGAGCAGGAGGGGAUGAUGAUGGGGAGGGCGCCGCAGAUGGUGAAGAAGAGGUUCCGGACGAAAUUCAGCCAGGAGCAGAAGGAGAAGAUGCUGAGUUUCGCGGAGAAAGUGGGGUGGAAGAUACAGAAGCAGGAAGAAGGAGUGGUGCAGCAGUUUUGCCAAGAGGUUGGUGUGAAGAGGAGGGUUUUGAAGGUGUGGAUGCACAACAACAAGCACACUCUUGCAAAGAAGGCUCUGCAAUCUGACAAUCAAGAUCAAAGUUUAGGGACUGAUUAAUUACUUACUUAAUUGAUUCUUAGAGAUACUGUUUUUAAUUCCUUGCAGAAAGUUAUUACCUUUUGUCUUUUAUUUUUUUCAGUUUUCUUGUUUUGGUAUUUGGGAUUAUAUUGGGAUCUGUUAGAUUUCGGCUUUUAUGCGUUUAGGACUAGAUUUUCACAAUAAUGGCGAUCUAAUGUGCUUCAAUUUUCUUAAUCUUUUAGUUUGUAAUAAUUUUAUAUUUUUUCGAGCAAUGUCAUAAUUAAAGUGCGUUAUGGGUGA